AUCCCCCUCCCCGCCCCUCUCUGUCUGUGCUGGGUGUCAGCCUCCCGUGGUGAUCAACGCGCACAGCAGACUUCAUAAGGAGUGGGUGAACGGUCGACGCACAGAUGAUACAGGAGUGACACUUGGGGAAUAAACAAACAAAAUGUCCCACGAAAAGUGUUCCCUGAUGCCAGGUGAUACAGAGAACCUGCGGACAAGAUCUGCAGUUGAUACCUCAGAAAACGCUGUAGAUCCUGAACAGCAACAUUGGGUUCCCCGGCGACAGUGCCAAACUGAUAGGCUCUGUGUCGGACCCCAUCAUCCAGAGCUAGGCGGAGCGGAGUCGACCUCUCCAGAUGCUUCUGCCCACAACUUCUACACACCGAAAUGUUUCCUCACCGUCUACAGAGGACACGGCACCUCCCCAUCUACUCUGUCUCGGUAUGGAGAAGAGGGUUGGCAUGAAGGCACCACAAAGACCACAAUCAGAGCUGAGAAUGAGGUGGAGGCACACAGGGAAGCCAACAACUACAAGUUUGGCUUCAGAAAGUGGAAGGGCAAUGUUACCGAGAAGCCCAUUGAAGACCGAUCAGACAUCAUCAAAGCGCUCUACUCUGAUCUCAGCGUUGUUAAGCCUCUAGAAGGCUCAGUGAUCACCUUUGGGAACAUCAUUUAUGUCCUUUUAUUUGGAUGGUGGAUAUCUUUAAUCUACUGCCUCAUUUGUCCUGUAAUGUUUCUAACGAUCUGCGGAGCCCCUUAUGGCAAACUUUGUUUAAAGAUGGCGUGGUACUUCAUUUGGCCAUUUGGGAAGUCGAUUGAAAAGGCCGGUGAGAUGGCUAAGAGAGCCAUUGUGAAGCCUCUAAAGUGUGAGGUCAUUCCUGAAGAGAGGGACAGUGAAGUCAUCAAGAACCUUGUCGGGGACAAGGAGUCCUCGCCCCUUCUGAUGUCUUCCCCAAUCCCUGUUGAGAUCCCUGUCCCAGAACCAGCUACAACUACUUCAAAGCACUGGUGUCGCAUCAGCACUUAUGUUUGGUUGUUGCUAGGUUACCCUAUCCUGGCUGUGGUCCACUCCCUGGCCUGUGUGCUCUCCUGGCUGCUGGUCUUCACUAUACCUGUAGCCAAGAUGAAUGCUCGCACAAUGACCAUUGUCCUCCUCAUGGCACCAGAGGACGUUCAGAUCCACAGAAUAGAAAAGGGUCAGUUCAACCAAAACACAAAUGACAUAGUUCUCCCUUCCCCCCAAGUGACAUCUGUGUGUGAGUCCAGAAACAUCUUAUGCUGUUAUAAAGCUUUCAAUGUGUAUUACUACAAAUACACUGUCCAAGGAAUCAACAUUUUCGCUCUCAACCUGCUUCCCCUGGUCUUCAUCACUGUCAUUAUGGGCUACACUGACCGUAAACACAAAUUCUGCAGUGCGGAGACCAAGUUUGCCACAGCCAUCACUUCCAUCAUUCCUCUAUCCUACUAUAUUGGCAUGGGUAUAGCCAGCAUUUCUGCACAGAGUAACUUCGCAGUGGGAGCGGUGGUGAAUGCGACGUUCGGCUCCAUCACCGAGAUGACGUUCUACAUCACGGCACUGCUGCAGGGACACAAUGCUGGCACCAAAUGUUACGAAGAGAUCGUCAAAGCAGCGCUCACUGGGACCUUGCUCGGCUGUAUACUGUUCGUCCCUGGUAUCUGUAUGAUCAUCGGGGGCAUUAAACACAGAGAGCAGCGGUUUAACAGUCGUUCAGCCGGAGUGAGCUCCGCUUUGCUCUUCAUAUCCGUAGGAGGUAUUUUUGCUCCCACCCUCUUCUCAAAGACCUUCGGUAAUCUGGUGUGUGGAAGCUGCACCAAUAUUCCAGGCAAUGGCAGCGUACCCUUCAUCUGCAAGGAUUGUCACUACGAAACGAGUCCAGCUGACCCACAAUUGAUCCUGCCCCAUAUUGAGCCCCUGGUGUACACAAUUGCUGUGCUGCUGCCUGCUGCAUACCUGAUUGGCCUCAUCUUCACCCUAAAAACCCACUCCCACAUCUAUGAUAUCCAUAUCAGCGAUGGUCACGGGGGCCAUGCACACGGUGGUCAGUACGCACAAGAGGGUACUAGCAACUAUCACCCCAAUGGUGAGGUCACCACUGGCCAUCUCCUUGCAGCCAGCACGUGUAUUAAUUCCAGCAUUGUUUCCAGCAGUCACAUUGCAAGAGGUCAUCAUGUAGUCCACUGGUCCCGGGCGAGGGCUCUUGGAGUGCUGAUUGUUGCCACGAUAUUGAUGGCCUGCUGCGCUGACCUCACCACGGAGAAUAUCGAGCCCAUGCUGACCCAUUCCUCCAUCUCCGUGUACUUCAUCAGUGUCACAGUGUUGGCCAUGGUGCCAGAGCUUCCUGAGAUUGUCAAUGGGAUCCAAUUUGCACUGCAGAACAAUAUCAGCCUGAGCCUUGAAGUGGGCAGUUGCAUUGCUGUGCAGGUCUGCAUGAUUCAGAUUCCACUGCUCAUUCUCUUUAAUGCCUUCUAUGAUGUUGGAUUUGUGCUUGUGUUCAGUGAUAUCCAUCUCUGGGCCAGCAUCUUCAGUGUCAUUCUGGUCAAUUACAUCUUCAUGGAUGGAAAGUGUGACUACUUUCAGGGCACUGCACUAGUGGUGGUCUACCUCAUCCUUUUGGCCCUUUACUUCUUUGCUCCUUCUCCACGCUCUUGUUGAUCUGCUGGCCAGGAAAUCCUAAAUCUCUAAACAUUUUAAGCCACGUAAAAUGUGGCUUCGGUGGCACAACAGAUAGAAAAAGAUUUGGAUAGGGUUUUGAAAAACUGUUGCUGUAAAUAUAUAGCCGUCUGCCAUUUGUCAAUAUGAUACUGAAAUAGUGUUUUGCGCACUUGAACAUAUUUCCAGUUCUGGCUGUGAUUAAAAAAAUAAAUAAAUUUAAAAUCUAACUUAUUUUUACUGUUGCAUUUAAAUGUAAAUUUGUGGUAUUCAUUAUUGGUUCUGAUAUAUUGUGAUAUGUGGUUUAUAAAGAACAUAAUAAAUGCUACAAUUU